AUGUCUGGCAAAUCUGUUUUUCUGAUCGGAGCAGGCUUCAUCGGCCGGGAAGUUCUCGACCGGUUGCUUGCGGAGAACUACUCCGUCACAACACUUGUCCGGCGCGAAGCACAUGCAGCGGAGCUCCAACAAAGUGGUGCAAAGACGGUUCUAGGGACUUUAGAAGAAAAGGAAAUCAUCACGACACAGGCGGCCGCACACGACAUCAUUUUCCACACGGCCACGGCGGACCACGUACCGUCCGUGGAGGCGGUGAUUGCGGGCAUCGAGGCACGAGCCAAGCAAGGCAAGAAGACGAUCUACAUCCACACCAGCGGCACCAGCCUGCUCGGCGACGACUCCAAGGGCGAAUAUAAAUCCGACAAGAUCUUUUACGACGACAAGCCCGAAGACAUCGACGCCCUCCCUGACACGGCGGCCCACCGAGAAGUCGACCUGGCGAUCCUGCGGGCGAGUAAGCGGCUCGGCACUGCCGCGAAGCUGGCUAUCAUGAUCCCGCCGUUGAUCUAUGGCUUCAACCCGAAAUACCAGCGGCUCUCGAUUCAGUUACCUACCUUGACACGCUUCGCGCUGAAGCACAAGUACGCCGGCUACGUGGGCAAGGGGGCCGCGGUGUGGAAUCAAAUCCAUGUCUACGAUCUGGCGAGAGGGUACAUGACGCUGCUCCACUGGCUCGAGCAGACCGACGCCCAGAACGUCCUGCAUGACCCUUACUUCUUCUGCGAGAACGGGCUCGAGUUCUCGUGGGGCGAGGCGGUGGCCGUGAUCGCCAAGGAGCUGUAUAAGGCACGACGGAUCGAGUCGUCGGAACCCAAGACGAUCCCGGAGAACCUGUACGACGAUCUCUUUGGUGACACGACCCCGUGGGUGGUCGGCUCCAAUGCGAGGUGUCGGGCAAACAGACUGCGGGCGCUGGGCUGGAAGCCGCAGGAAAAGACGCUCUACGAAUCCCUCGUGCAGGACGAGAUUCCGGCUAUUUUGAAGGAGGACGUGGCAAACUUCCAUGGUUAUGCCGGCGUUGCCGCCGUGGUCGGGAAAAGCUCUUGA